AUGGUAUACUUGAAAAUAGGUGUACGUGUUGAUGUUCUUCAUGACAUUGCAGCUGGUCGUAAAAUACCAACUGAUAAUGAAAUAGUACAAGAUUAUUUAUAUUCGAUCAAUAUGAUAAUCGACGGCAACCCAGCUCUUGGAGAAUUUAUUAUCAACGAUUAUUUGGUUGAACAAACACCAACAUAUUCAUCAAGUGCUGGUGUAACAGGUCCAUCAUCUAUUAUUAUUAUGAAUCUUGAUGAUUUUGUAAACAGAGCACUUGAGGUCAUUGAAACACUUGAUGGAUUUAUUGACGAAAAACUAGGUGUGCAUGGUAAUGAUCCAACUGAUGAUACAUCAGCUGAACAUCAUUAA